GUGUGGUUAUGCGUCACAACAACCUCCCCUAAAACCGGAAGUUUGGUUUUGUGCAGCCAGUUUCAUUAUGUCUAAUUUUAAAACAGUAAUUUGGCCUAAAGUGGUUUUAUUUGGGGACUCCAUCACACAGUUUUCAUUUCAAGCCAAUGGUUGGGGUGCAGACAUUGCCAACAAACUAGCAAGAAAGUGUGACGUUUUAAAUAGAGGACUGUCUGGUUACAACUCCAGAUGGGCUAAGAUAGUGCUUCCUCGCCUCUUCAACAGCCCAAACUCAGCAGACAACAACAUAGCUGCUGUCACUGUCUUCUUUGGAGCCAACGACUGUGCACUGGAAGAUAAAAACCCACAACAGCACGUUCCUCUGCAGGAGUAUUCAGAGAACCUGAAGGAGAUCACCAAGCUUCUGGCUUCAGCAGGAGUGUCAGCAAACAGAGUUAUCUUCAUCACCCCUCCACCUCUUCAUGAGCCCGCCUGGGAGAAGGAGUGCAUUCUGAAAGGAUGUCCACUCAAUCGCCACAACUCUGCAGUGGGGCAAUAUGCCCAGGCGUGUGUCCAGGCUGCCAGUCAGUGUGGUGCUGACGUCCUGGACCUCUGGACACUCAUGCAGAAAGAUGGACAGGACUACACAGUCUAUCUGUCUGACGGGCUGCAUCUGUCACAGAAGGGAAACCAGUUUGUGGCUGAGCAUCUGUGGGGGCUGCUGGAGAGCCGUGUGGCCGACCUGCCCUUCAUACUGCCUUACUGGGGAGACGUAGACGCCAAGAGCCCCGAGAGCAGCCUCCUCUGUGACCAGUGAAGGAGAAGGGGUUGGAUUUGAAGAACAUCUUAAAAGAUCUGCAGGGCUUGGAAAAUCUCUGGAGAACAAACCUCUCAGCGGCACUCCUUUGUUGCACUAGUUGAGAACAGUGGACUGCAUUCCUGCUAUCAAGCAAUGAAGGAGAUGUGAUUUAUUUUGCCAGUAAAAUGCAAGACAAUGUAUCAAUGCUUAAAAUGAACAAUAAAGAUUUUUUUUAUUUUGG